AUGGCAGAAAGUUUGGAAGGAAGCAUUGAUAUGGAUUGUGACAAGAAGAUGGAUUCAUUGGCUUACUCCAAAGAGCUAGCGACAAUAAGUGAUGUUUUUCAGUUCGAUAAAUUUAUUCAUGAUUAUCGUGAAUCAGCUGAACUUUCAUCCUGUAGCUUGCAUGAAAGUAAUACGCCGAUCGACGCUGCAUUGAAAAAGGAUUUCAUUAAUAUAGAAAGGAAAUUAACGAGAACUUUUUAUGCCAUCAAAAAGUUACCAAAAACAGGGACUUUGAAUGAACUGUACUUGCGUAUCGAAUCCAUGCUGGAGAUUUUUAAAACGUUAAAGAUCAUAAAAGAGGAUAAUAAAGAAGAGUUCAGUUUGCAUAACGUUCCUCUACCGGAUUAUGAUGCUACGGAUAUCGAAUUACUGCUUGGGAAGGAAUAUGCAUCAGCACGAGUAACACAUAACAAUGGUUUGUCAAUAUUCGAAGAUAAACUGCGGGAGCAAAUUAUCAGAAAUAAUCGGAUGGCCAAAAUUUUGUUGAAGGAGUGUGAUGAAACUCUGUCAUCAUAUCGAGAGAAAGGUGAUUGUUUCGUACGGGGUUUCAAUGAACCUAACGAAAAUUUUGCAGUCUUAAAUAAGUAUGAGAUUAAAUGA